AUGGCACAUUGGAAAGGGGCAGAGAGAGCAGGACCGGGAGAGAGUGAAAGAGAGGGAGUGUCUGCAAAAAAAGUGACAGUUCAGUUUGUCACUCCGGCCGGAUUUAAGAUCUCAGGCUCGGGGAACGCUGGCGACACACUCCUGGAUGUGGUGGUCAACCAGAAGUUGGACUUUGAUGGCUUUGGCGCGUGUGAGGGGACCCUGGCUUGCUCCACUUGUCACCUCAUCCUGGACCAGCCGGUGUAUGACCAGCUAGGGAACCUGGCUGACGAGGAGAUGGACAUGCUGGACCUGGCCUAUGGACUCACAGACACGUCUCGUCUGGGUUGCCAGGUUUGUCUGACGGAGGAGCUGGAAGGCAUCACUCUGCGCAUCCCAGAGGGGGUUAACGACAUGAGAAGGGUGGACGACACAGACUCCACUAAAUCCUCUUAGACCACCACACACACACAUGCACACACGCGCACACACACACACCUUUAACUAGAACCACACUGAUGAUUUCUUGAUCCUCCCUUCUCCUUGGGAAUCAAAGUCGCCAUGGAAGGGGAUUGUACAUCAAUCUGUGUAGAGAUAAAACCCUGCAAUAAAGUAGUCUCGACCAAAUAUCAAACAUUUUGAUUGUUGAAAUGC